GGAAGAAUAAUUAAAUCGGUUAAUGAAAGCCUAACAUUGAACCGGAAUGAAUUGUAAAUAAACCAAAAUAAACAGACAAGCAAGAACACAAUUUUUUUUUUUUCAUUUCAAUUUGGGUGAUUCGAAACCCUAGCAACGCGGUUUCUAGAAUCUAACAAUCAACAAACUUCUCUCUCAGGUUUUGAAUGAUGAAAAAAACUACACGCCUUCCUCUGGGAAAGCUCUCUUCUGGCAAAUUCAGGAGCACUUGAGGACGAUACGUGCAGUGAAACGGGUGAAUCUAGCUGCUGCUUUUCCUUAAUAUGCAAUGAUCUUUGUGGAUAGAAUCGAUGCCCUUGGACGAAUCUUGACGAGAAUAUUGCGACAUAUGGCUACUGAGCUGAGAUUGAACAUGAGAGGUGAUGGUUUUGUUAAAGUUGAAGAUUUACUCAACCUGAAUUUGAAAACUUGUGCAAAUAUUCAGUUAAAUUCACACACGAUUGAUGAAAUUAGAGAGGCUGUGACAAGGGACAAUAAAAAACGGUUUAGCCUCAUCGAUGAGGAUGGAGAGCUCUUGAUUCGCGCUAAUCAAGGCCACUCAAUCACGACGGUUGAGUCAGAGAAGUUACUUAAACCAAUAUUGUCACCAGAAGAAGCUCCAGUGUGUGUACAUGGAACUUAUAGGAAGAAUUUAGAAUCCAUCUUAGCAUCGGGCUUAAAGCGUAUGAAUAGAAUGCAUGUUCACUUCUCUUGUGGAUUACCUACAGAUGGUGAAGUGAUUAGUGGCGUGAGAAGAAAUGUAAAUGUUAUCAUCUUCCUCCACAUCAAGAAAGCUCUUGAAGAUGGGAUUGCGUUCUACAUUUCAGACAACAAAGUGAUUUUGACUCAAGGCAUUGUUGGUGUCUUGCCUGUCGAUUACUUCCAGAAGAUCGAGUCUUGGCCUGAUCGGCAAUCCAUACCUUUCUGAUUCAUAUAAUUCAACAUCAUGCCAAUAUUCACAGAAUUAUCCUACAUUCUAUCACAAGACAUCUCUCUAAACAGAAACAAAGCGAAAGUUAGGGACAUGAACAAGAAGAAGAAGAAGAAGAAGAGUACUUGGGCCAUGGUGUUGUUCUUCUCUUAAGGCAUUUUGUAUGGCGAAUGGUUUUUUGUACCUCUUAACAUUUUAAACUUAAUAAUACAUAUUCUUAGUUUGAAAGAGAAAAAAGAGUCAUUAGAGAGAAUAUAAAAGCAAAACCACUAGAACAACAAAACC